AUGUCCGACAUGACCGGCGCUGAGGUAGACGGCGCAGAGCCAGUCAAAAUGACAGGACUUCUUACCCAGCCCAUCAUCCCCAGUCCUAUCAUCAAUUGGAUACUUCCUGCACGUGUUCGAAACAAAGAUCAUAACGACGUUGUCUUCGUGGGUGAGCGGCGUAUUCAAGUCAAGGAAGCCCUCGAUGGUGCCAAUCUCGCAGAUGUCUUCGAGAAGAAUGACUUGAAUGGCUCGCCUCUUGGAGCCAAAGUCAUUAAUGUCGGCACUCAACUACCCUGGGUAAACCAGGGAAUCCAUGCAAGCCGGUCGGUUGGCAGCAUGGAAGCCGAGACCCUUGCCCCUCAAAUUCUUUUUCUCGCUCUGGACUCCAACGAGUUGCUCUUCGUGUACUGCGACCCAGAGAAAGAAGACCCAUUCAUCAUUCACUACCGGCCUCUCCCUCGCGAUGUCAACACUGCCGAAAAAUAUGGCCGACAUAUCGCGGUGGAUCCAAAGUCACGAGCAGUCGCUGUCAGUGCAUCACGCAAUUUCUUUGGAGUGAUGUGGUUACACUCGACAAACGAAAUCCAAUACGAGAUGCUUCGGGGUGGGCUACAACCUAUUCAAUCGGAAUCCUUUUUCAAGAUCAAUGGCGACAUCCUGUUCAUGGAAUUCCUUUUCCCGAAGUCAAUGGACGACAAAAAGAUCAUCCUCCUUCUGAUUGUCCACAAAGAGUCCACCACACAGGCUCUUUUCUAUGAAUGGGAUGAGCUCCGCAUGGAUGAGCGCCUUUUCCCCAACAUCACAACCAUUUCUCUAUCUCCGCAAGACUCGCUUCCAACCAUGAUCGUCCCCUUGGCGAAAGAAUCCUCAUUCUUGCUGAUAACCACAACUUCCAUGGCAAUGUACACACCUCAUAGCUUGAAUCGUCCCAUGAGGUACCCAGUCAUCAUUCCAGAUACCGAUGCUUCUGAAAUUGGGCUAUGGACCCGCUGGGCGAGACCCUCCCGAAAUUGGCUUUACAGCCAACGAUACGAUGGUAUCUUCCUGUGUCGGGAGGACGGUUGGAUCUACUACCUCGAGUUUGGAAAUGAGGGCGAACUCGAGACUCAAACUUCUCUAGGUCAGCUCCACUGCGAUGUUGACACGGCCUUCGAUGUAUUGGAUAUGGGCCACGAAGGUGGUGAUUUCAUUCUCGCCGCUGGAAGCCACGGCGAUGGUGGCCUUUUUGUCCAAGAGGCACGAGACCAUCCCAGAUGUGUCCAGCGUUUUCUCAACUGGGCGCCCGUCACCGAUGCCGUGGUUGUGCCCUCAUUCUCCCAACACCCCCUCAAAACUGAUCAAGAUCAAGAUCGGCUUUUUGUCUGUUCCUCUUCUUCCUCGGGCAAUGGUGCAAUUACUGAAUUGCGGUAUGGAGUCGAGGCUCAGAUUGGCGUUGAUGUCCCAUUGGAUCGAUUUUCGAACAUUCGUGACAUGUGGGCAAUGACAAAGGAGAUGACGGGCGAGAUUUACCUCAUGAUUGCCGAUCCAAUGACCUCGGUUCUUCUUCGGACUACCUUCGAGGUGGAAGACGGAAUUUCUGCCGUCGAGGAUGGCACUGACUUGGACACGGGGGAGACCUUGACCUUGGCAACGGGCUCCACGCGGAGUGGAAUCAUCGUUCAGGUCACAGCAAAGGCCACACACUUUUUUAACUCCGAUGAUCCUCGCUCGAGUCGGAGUAUUCCGCAUGAUCCUUCUCUUGUAGCUACGACAGCUACAGUCGAUAAGACAGACUCUCUGGUUAUCAUGACUGUCACCAGCCCAAAGGGAUUCUAUCUUUAUCUCGCCAAAAUUGUUGAGGGUAAGGAGAUUUCGUUAGAGCAUCCUAUGAAUGCAACCUCUCUUGAAAAAGCGCCCAUCUCAACCUUGUACCAAAGUUGGGGCACAACUGGGCUAAUAUUCCUGGGCACUGGCGAUGGUAAUGUGUUGGUCUACCAUGUCAACAAUGACACUUUGUCCAUCAGCGAAGUCGCGAUUGUCAGUAUCUCGGUCAAUGUUGAAGAUGACAUUUCAAAAGCAAUUGAUAGCCUUGCUGUUAUUCGCAUGGGUAAUGGUCAUGAGUCCAGUGCAUUACUUCUCUGCGGUCUCCGCAGUGGCAUACUUGUGCCAUUUGACAUAGAGGUGAACAGCUAUGGCCUUCAAAAGAUGGAUCAACAAACACCAAGGCAUGUUGGAAAGACCUCAAUCACGCUCAAGGCUUUAAAUUCUUUUGCCUUAUUCACAUGCGGCGAUGGUCUCUGGCGUAUCUCAUACACAUCCGACGGCAAUCCCUCUGAUUAUUUCCUUUCUCGUGUCUGGAUCACCGAUCAAAGCUGUCCCGCAUAUUUCCCCGUCACCCUCUCCAGCUUUAGUUUUGUUGAGAAAAUUGAUCCGGAUACUGGCUUCACAAGUGUGGUCUUGUUUUGCUACGCCGAUUACAGUCUUUUAGUCUGUUCUCUGGGCCAUGAGAUCAAAACCGUUCCACGACGCAUUGAUGUCCCAGGAAUUCCCAACAAGCUGACCUAUUCGAGACACCUUCGCAGUCUUGUUGUUUCCUACACCAUUUCUGAGAUUUGUUUCCAAUUGGGCCCUCUGGGUCGUGCAACAAAGUCAUACAUUGAGUUUGUGGACCCGGAUUCCCAGAACCCUGUCGAGCAUGGUGAUGGGGAGGCGAUAUCAGAAGGCAAGAUGCCAUGGAGACCAAGCGCGUCAUCUGGAGAGAAGAUAACCUGCAUUUUCGACUGGACAGCUGAAAAACAUGGCAAUGAGUAUCAUCUGAUUGCAAUUGGGACUUCACUGCCCAUCCUUGAUGAUCUCAAUGACCGCCAAGGCCGGGUGUUGCUCUUCCAUGCCUCCUCUGAUCCCAUUAAUGGAAACCAGAUCAACUGCUUCGACAAAUACACGCAAAUGUUGGACAAGCCGGUCUAUGCAAUGGCGGCAUACCGUGACAGCCUGAUUGUUGCCUCUGGAAAAAGCCUUUUCCCGGUAGUUGCGAGUAACUCUGAGGUGAAAUGGCGUCGCGAUAUUUCGGCUGUUCUUCCAUCCCCAGCCAUCGCAAUGACAGUGCACGGGAACUUGAUCUACGUAACAACGUCUCGCAAUUCUACCUUGAUCUACGAAAUUGUCAAUGGAGACAUUCUGGAGAUUGGGUCUGAUGGUAUCGCCCGGGAUGGUUUGUCGCACGCAUUGAUCAAGGCAUGUGGAAACAAGUUGGAUAUGAUUGUCGUUGGCACUCGAGGCGGCUCAGUCCGAGUUUUCGAUAAUCUUGAACUUGAUAAUUUGAAGUCUAGUCCCUCAGCUGAGCUCCCCGUCUCAAUGCUGAGACUCGUUCAGGGCAGCAAGUCCCCAUCGCUGCUUUCUACCACUACUACCGUUUAUGGCUUCGCCCUCAAUGGGUCAGUCUACCGAAUUCUGAUUCUUGCUGAGCAUGAGAGGCGCCUUCUUCAGAUUCUCCUUAACUUGUGCCUCAGGGACAAAGCUAUCUGUCCAGCUUGGUCAAUCAGAAGACGCCGCAUCGCUCCAGCUGAAGAGUUUGCAGUCCGCAGACACAUUGAUGGAACUAUUCUUGCUCGUCUUGCAGAGCGUGAUGUUCAACAUCUCAAACAGAUGCUUGCCCAACACACUGUCAAGCGUGCCCUGGCCGACGAAUUUGAUGAGGCGGCUCAAGGCGUUGUGGGAAAAUCUGAGGACCAAACCCUCGCUGUGUUCGAGUGGCUGCGUGCUCUUCUGCACAUCAAGUUUUGA